AUGUUAUCAGUGAAACAUAUCAACUCCUUCCUCAGCAUCCGAAACGACGAGAUUAAGCUGUUGCUACGUAAGCUGCGCCGGGUGUGUGGCCAAGACUUUGCGAAAGUGGAGCUGAGGUCAAUGCUUGUGGAUAUGUCCUUUAACGCGGCAAUGAGAAUGGUUUGGGGACAGUGGUUUUACAAUAACGAAUCUGAUGUGACCGACUUGGAUGAGGUGAAGCGGUUCAGAGAGGUCAUGAAGGAGAGCUCGGCUUUCGACCUGGGAAACGAUGAGUCAAACUUCGGGGAUUUCGUGCCUUUCUUUCGGUGGAUUGAUUAUAGAGGUUACCCGAAGAAGCUGCCAAAUAUUGAGAAGAGGCUGGACGAUUCGUUCAACGAACUCAUCCACCUGUAUCGUUCCAAGAGGAGAGGGAUGGAACGCCAAAAUACCAUGGUAGAUCAUUUGCUCUCAUCCCAAGAAACAGAGCCCGAAUUUUACACCGACGAAGCUGUGAAAGCCCUUAUUCUGGUUAUGGUGGCUGGUGCCAGUGCGGCCACAGCAUUAGAAUGGAUGAUGGCGAAUCUGGUAAACCAUCCAGAUGAAUUGGAGAAAGCGAGGGAAGAGUUAAAAGCUUGGGACCCACAGUUACGGGCUGAGCCAGAUGGGUUCAAGCCGGAGAGGUACGAUAAUGGGGAAGGGGAUGUGCGCAAUCCGAUAACAUUUGGGAUGGGAAGAAGGGCGUGUCCGGGAGAACCACUGGCGAUGGGAACAAUGGGGUUGACGGCGGCGGUGUUGAUUCAGUGCUUUGAUUGGAAAAGGAUCGGCCGGGAAGCCGUCGACAUGACGGCAGCUAACGGAUUGGUGAUGCGCAGAGCCGCUCCAUUGGAGGCUCUCUGCAAGGCUCGUCCCAUCGUCAACAAGAUUCAGUUGCAGUUAUUAUAA